UAUGAAACUUUUUUGUGCAAAAUAUUUAUCUAAAUUUCUACAAUAUCCAAGGUUAAAAACUCAAGUUUACAAAUUUUCAACCUGUUCUUUAACUUCGCAAAAUGUUCGAGUGCGAUUUGCGCCUAGUCCAACUGGUUUUUUGCAUUUAGGCGGUUUACGUACUGCUUUAUACAAUUAUUUGUUUGCGAAAUCACGUAAUGGUAAAUUUUUGUUACGGGUCGAAGACACUGAUCAAAUUCGUUUUGUACCGGGCGCUACAGAAAAACUAAUUGAUAUACUAAAUUGGGCUGGAAUUCAAAUAGAUGAAGGACCAUCAAUUGGUGGUAAUAGAGGACCCUACAUCCAGUCAGAAAGAAUAGAUUUGUAUCAUCAUUAUGUGAACAAACUAAUUAAAUCGGGAAGCGCUUAUCAUUGUUUCUGCUCACCAAAACGGUUAGAUCUAUUAAGGAAAGAGGCGACCAGAAGAGGACAGACUCCUGGAUAUGAUAAUAAAUGCCGAAAUCUAUCUAGAGACGAAAUAGAAAGGAGGAAAUAUAAUUCAGAGAAGUUUGUUAUAAGAUUUAAGGUUCCCGAUGAAAUGAAGCCUUGGAAUGACGAAAUAUUUGGUCUGAUGAAGCAUAAUAUAAAAGAUGAAGGAGAUCCAGUUAUCGUUAAAGCAGAUGGAUUUCCAACUUAUCAUUUAGCCAACGUAGUUGAUGAUCAUUUAAUGGAGAUUACUCACGUGUUAAGGGGCGUAGAAUGGCAAAUUUCAACUCCAAAACACAUUGCUAUGUUUGAAGCUUUUGGUUGGACACCGCCUCAUUAUGCUCACCUUCCUUUAAUAUUGAAUAAGGAUCAAACAAAAAUGUCAAAACGUCAAGAUGAUGUCCAUGUGGAAUAUUACAAAGAAAGAGGAUAUCUUUCUGAUACUUUAAUUGGUCUACUAACAACAGGAGGAGGUGGAUUUAAUACAAAAAAUCCAGAGUUUAUGACUAUAAAUGAAUUAACAAAUAAAUUUGAUAUGAAGUUAAUUCACAAGAAAUCAUCAAGAUUACAAAUGGAUAGACUAGAUGAAAUUCAAAGAUUUCAUUUUGGGCAAAAGCUUAUAGAUGUUAAAGCAAGAGAAACUAUUGUAUCUGAAGUUAGACAAAUUAUCACUGCACAUUUCAAAAACAGUUCCGAUUUAUCUAAUAUUAACUCUGUGGAAUUAUCAGACAAAUAUAUUGGGAAAAUUCUGGAUUGGGCAAAAGAAAGAAUAACAAAUAUUAACAGUCUAGUUAGUUCAGAGUUUCUAUUUCUAUGGAGUUUGCCACCUACUAUACCUGUAGAUUUAUCAAGUCAAGCAGCUAAAAAAGCAAUUAAAGAUACUUUAGAGAGUAUUAGCAAACUUGAAGAUAAUAAAGAACUUGAUACAGUAACUUUGGUAAAAGUAUUAAAAACUACAUCAAAGUUAAACAAUUUAAAAUAUCCUCAGUAUAUGAAACUUUUGAGAAGCUCUUUAACUGGCUUAAAAGAAGGACCUUCAAUAGCAGAAGUUAUUCUAAUUCUAGGAAUCGAUCAGACGAAAUCAAGAUUAGAAUAUGCUUUAGAAGCAAUUGAGCGAUAA